CUUUUGCUUUCUCUCUCAGUCUUCACAUGCAGCCUGUGAAGACCACAGGUAUUGUUUGUUACAGGAGUAACCUGUUCUUCCACUAAAGAAUCUACGACUUUCUGGCCUAAACAAGGCGCCAUACCUGACAUUACUCAGCUGCAGAGAUGGAUAUCCAACUAGAAAACUACUCAGAACAGAAUCUGGCUAAGGACUCAAGGAGACAGCAGCCAAAAGAAUCAGAAUCACCUCCAGAAGCUCUUGCUGGGAUCCUGGGAGUCUUUUGUCUGAUUUUGAUGUACACUUUAGUUAGAAUGAUGAAUUUUAUUUCCACUGCUGUAAUGCCAGAGCAGACUAAUUCCCGCUUGACAACAGGGAUCCAGGAAGCAUAUCAUUGUGGUCAUUGUCCAAAGGAGUGGUUUACAUAUUCCAACAACUGCUAUUACAUCAGCACUGAAAGAAAAACGUGGACUGAGAGUCAGACGGCCUGUGCUUCCAAGAACUCUAGCCUGCUUUAUAUAGACAAUAAAGAAGAAGUGCACUUUGAGCUGAAAAAUAGUGAGCAAUUUAGCACCCUUGCCCCACUGCUAAUCAAGUGUGGCCCUGAGGCAACAACACCAUUGAUUUUGGCAGCCUUCUCCAAAUUGUAA